CGUGAACAUGAUAUCAUCAUGACUUUGUAGGCCGUAAUUGACAUUUGAAGUGCUCUAUUUUCAUUGUCUUCAUCGUAAUUUUUCAUCAUGAGAUCAGAAAUGGAAGAACAGUAACAGCCAAGGGUCCAUUGUGGAUUGAAAGGACACGCAACGAUCUGAGUGGAAACAGAACUGUAUACAAUAUAUAAAUUUGGUUCCCACGCGUGGCGGGAAAACUUUGCGGGUCGUCUGCUUCACAAAUAAAUUUCAUAUUCAGUUCGUCAUACUGCGAGAAGAAGAAAAAAAAAUGUUCCACACGUGUGAAUUCGGAAUACUGUCUGGUGUCUUACCGGGGGACUCCAGACUAAAUAAAAGGGACCGAUCGCAGAGAUGCAAUGAAUGUGACACGAUGUCAAAGAAGAUCAUAUCAGAAAAGGAGAUCCAGGAAUCUGUGGUCGUCUUAAAAGACAGAUUGCGAAUAAUGCAGAUCAUGGUUGACGACUGCGCCGACAUGUUCCAACAGAAGAAGAUCAAGAAAUGGAAAGCGGCAAGGCGACAAUCGCGUGAUGCCCACUACGAGUUGGACUGGAAUAUCAUCGGUUGUGUUCUCAUCAUUAUAUUCUGUUUCCUGUUUCGUUCUGUCAUAGCUCUUAUUCGCGGUCCUGUAGUUCUGGAACCUUGCAUUGAGCUAGAGCCCAUCGCAGAGCCCGUAAACUGAACCAGGAAAAUAAUACAAAUUUUAGUAGGCCUACAUGCAUUUGCCUGUAGGCCUAUUGCCUUCGCCUAUGACAGACUGGGAAGCAGGAGACAUUGCUAUUUUGUAUAUAUAUCUGAAUUUCUCCUUUGAUGGCUGCAUGGAAACAGAGCGUUUUUACACUAAUGGAAAGCAGGGGCAUCAAAUACUGGAGAUAUAGGAAUG